GAAGUGAGACUCGGAGAAGACGAAAGUUAGUCGCCUGCAACUCUCUUUUCCCCCCCGCCCCCCAUUUUUAUGUUUGUGCGGCGCGUCCACGCUAAGGAAGACGUGAGCGGAGGAGACCCUUCGGGCAAGGACAAGCAUGGGACUCCCCACGCUGGAGUUUAGCGACUCUUUUCUCGACGGGCCCGAUUUCCGAGAGCGUCUCAAGUGUCAUGAGAUCGAACUGGAGAGGACCAACAAGUUCAUCAAAGAGCUCAUUAAGGAUGGAAAUAUGCUUAUCGGCGCGCUCAGGAAUCUUUCUGUGGCCGUCCAGAAGUUCUCCCAGUCGCUGCAGGAGUUCCAGUUCGAGUGCCUCGGUGACGCCGAGACGGAUGACGAAGUCAACAUUGCCCAGUCCUUCAAGGAGUUCUCCAAGCUGCUCAACACGGUGGAAGAGGAGAGACGCCGCUUGAUUCAGAACGCAGAUGACGUCUUGAUCACUCCCUUGGAAAAGUUUCGCAAGGAGCAGAUCGGCGCCGCCAAGGACGGGAAGAAGAAAUUCGAUAAGGAGACGGAGAAAUAUUACGCCACGCUUGAAAAACACCUCAGCCUGUCAUCCAAAAAGAAAGAAGCUUAUCUUGAAGAGGCCGACACACAGAUUGACAAAGAGAGGCAACUGUUCUACGACGCGUCCCUCGAGUACGUCUUCAAAAUACAGGAAGUGCAAGAAAAGAAGAAGUUUGAGUUUGUGGAGCCACUGCUGGCCUUCCUGCAGGGCUUGUUUACGUUCUACCACGAGGGAUACGAGCUGGCGCACGAAUUUGAGCCGUACAAGCAGCAGCUCCAGUUCAACCUCCAGAACACGCGCAACAACUUUGUGAGCACCAAACAGGAAGUGGAGAAGUUGAUGAGGAGGAUCAGGUCUGCCGAGCAGGACUACAAAGCUCCGGGCCGCUGGAGCAUGGAGGGCUUCUUGUAUGUGCAGGAGAAACGUCCUCUGGGUUCCGCUUGGACAAGGCACUACUGCACGUAUGAGAAGGGCGGCAAAAGUUUCAACAUGAGCAAUAGCGACACUAAAUUGGCCAAUAAACAGAACGGUCUGGUCCUCAACCAGUCCGAGAUGUUCAAGCUCAAGUCGUGCAUCCGGAGGAAAACGGACUCCAUCGACAAGCGCUUCUGCUUCGACAUUGAGGUGGUGGAAAGAAACGGCGUCUGCCGCGGAACUCUUUUCAGGCCGCUUUGGUUGUUCUAUAAAGUCCGGCACGGUCACAUGACACUGCAGGCGCUGUCCGAGUCCAACAGGAGGCUGUGGUUGGAGGCCAUGGACGGCAAGGAGCCGAUUUACAACCUGCCUGCCAUCCUGAGCAAGAAGGAGGAGACGUUCCUUAACGAGGCCGGCUUUAACUUUGUGAGGAAAUGCAUCGAGCUGGUGGAGAGCAGAGGCAUCAACACCAUGGGGCUGUACAGGAUCGGAGGCGUCAACUCCAAAGUGCAGAGGCUGAUGGCGACGGUUUUUUCAUCCAAGGCGCCCGUGGACAUGGACCUGGAUCCCGAGACGUGGGACAACAAGACCAUCACCAGCGGCCUGAAGAAUUACCUCAGGUGUCUGUCGGAGCCGCUAAUGACCUUCAAGCUGCAUAAAGAAUUCAUCAUGGCUGCCAAAUCGGACGACCAGAACUACAGAGUGUGCGCUGUCCAUUCUUUGGUCCAUAAGCUCCCUGAUAGAAACAAGGAGAUGCUGGAGAUGCUCAUCAAACAUCUCGUCACCGUGUCCACGCAGAGUCAGUCCAACAUGAUGACCGUAUCCAAUCUGGGCGUCAUCUUCGGGCCCACGCUGAUGCGCUCGCAAGAGGAAACCGUGGCCGCCAUGAUGAACAUCAAGUUCCAAAAUAUUGUGAUGGAAAUUCUGAUUGAGAAUUUUAACAAGAUCUUCCUUCAGCCUCCGGAUCCCAACGUGCCACUUCCGGAGCCUCCGAGCCGGCCCGGUUCCCGCCGAAGCAGAGCUAUUUGUAUGUCAAGCGGCCCCCGGAAGCCUCGCAGCCUCUACACUCCUACCCUGUGCCUGGCUGACGCAGAAAGUCCCUGCAUAGGCGACGCCUGCAGCAGCAGUCCAGGCAGCACCCCCACGGGCAGCACCGAGUCUCUGUCCUCGCACUCGUCGGAGCACAACGGCCCCCCCAAGACUGAGACUUUGUCCUGCAUCAAAACUACGAGUGCAAUCCUCCCUGACGCCGCGUCCUUGCGCUCCAGCGGGCCCCGGAGCACCGAGUCUAGUUCCAGGGAGGAGGCCGGCCCGACGGACGUGGAGUCGGAGGACGCCCUCAGCGUACCGUCCGUCACCGGUGUUGCCCCCAGAAAGGCCCCCCAUCAACGACACCCUGGACCCGGACCACCCGAUCUCACAGCUGCAACCUCUCUCAAGUCUCUACGUGUGUCUGAAGGUCAAAGGAGCUACUCCAAAUCCGCCCAAAAUCUCUCCACGCUGGAUCUCAUCGAUCACUUGAAGCCAUCGGCGGACCCCCCGGACAUCCCGCCCAAGCUCGUGAUCCGGCGGCGGGGCACCACAGCCUCAGCCAGCAACGGAUACCAAAGACCAGGCUCGGUGGUGGCUGCCAGAGCGCUGCUUUUUGAACACGCCGCCGCCCCGCAGCUCGGGAGGGACGCCCAAGCUGUGUACUCGUGCGAAGCUGAACACAGCCAUGAGCUCAGCUUCCCCCAGGGGGCGCACUUCUCCAAUGUGUACCCGUCCGUCGAACCGGGAUGGCUGCAAGCAACCUACCAGGGAAAAACGGGUUUGAUACCAGAAAACUACGUCAUCUAUCUUUAAUUUUUUUUUGUUUUUUUGUCUCCAUGGUAUCCAUGGAAAAACCCACUACUGGUGAAUGCGUGUUUUCUAUCUGCUUGAACGAGGGCUCCCACAUGACAAAUAUACCUCUUUUUCUUUUUUGAUUUGCAAAACAAACUUCUUCAAAUGUGUUUUUAAUAAGACAUCUUUUCGCAACAUGUUUUUACGACCUCCAAUGACACUUGAGAACCACUUGACUAGUUUUAUUGGCCUGAAAUAUUACCUUCAGCAAUUUGUAAUUAUUUUUUAUGUAAAAAAAAACAUCACCAAAAGAAGCGGGCCCUCGCAAGUCGGCAAGGUUUCCCGUCAUGAUCCACUCGCACACAGUUGCGAAAUUUCCCGUCGCCCAUCUGUCUCGUGUACAUAAUUAAAAUUUGAUAACAAUGGGAAAAUAUCUGUUGGUCAGUUCCCAUGUUGAAAGACAUUUUAUAGCUUGAAUUCCUGAGGCUCAUUUGUAGCUCUGCUUGGCUAAUUUCAUGUUGGGGCAGAAAAUUCUUACACCACCUUUACCUAAUAAUAAUAAUAAUGCACCUUACAUUACUGCGGUCAUUACACUGGCCGUACACUUUUUGCUGUCACUGUGUUUGUAAAUCAUAGAAAUGAUCAUACCCUGUAAAGCAUGGGUUCUCGAACUUUUGGGGUUCAGAGGAAACGCCAAAAAAAAAAAAAACAGCACGCAUGUUACGAAUUAACCACUGCACUUAAAUAUAGUCAAAUGAAAACUUUACAUUAUGAUUCAAUUGAAAUACA